UGUUGCAGCUCAAAGGGACCUACCGAGUCUAAUGAGCAUGGCAUGCGUUUGCAGAGACAGUGAAAUGAUAAAUCCAAAAGUGUGGAUAACAGCUUUUGCGAGCUGUCUUCUUACUCGUCCCGAUACAAAAGGGUUUCGAAUGCCUGCAAUCUGGGAGGUGAUGCCAGACUUGUUCUUCAGCCCGUUUUGCUUAAAAGAGUCUGUCCGACAAGGGUCAAUCCCACCACAAGACCGGGCAAUUAUAGAAGUUGAUUCAAAUUUUACUGGACGAGACACAAAUGUGGAGAAUCGGUUGGCUUACUUCAGGGAGGACCUUGGGGUUAACUCGCAUCAUUUCCAUUGGCAUUUGAUCUACACUCUGGAAGACCCACGAGGUCGUCGAGACCGUAAGGGUGAAUUAUUUUUUUGGUUUCACCAUGAUAUGAUGGCCAGGUACGAUGCUGAACGUUUGGGAAAUGGAUUAUCCAGGGUGCGACCACUACGACCAGAUGAUCCAGUUUUAAAGGAAGGAUACUUUUCAAAAUUAACCGAUUCGACGUCAGGUCGAGUGUGGGGAACUCGUCAGGAAAAUACUCCACUUACGAACAUCAACCGAGAAGAUGACACAAGUCUUCCAACUGGAACACGAACAAUUUCAAUGGAAACUUUCCAAAAAUACCGUGACAGAAUUAUGGAAGCCAUUGACAAGAUGACCUAUUUGGCUGAAAAUGGACAACGUCAGCCACUCAACAUUGACAUAUUAGGGGAUAUUGUGGAGGCUAGUAAUUUGAGUCCAAAUCGUCAGUAUUACGGAGAAUGGGGCCUUCAUAACAUUGGGCAUCUGCUGAUCGCUCUUUGCCAUGAUCCAGAAUACAAACACAGAGAACAUAUGGGAGUGAUGGGCGACACAUCAGCAAAUAUGAGAGAUCCUGCGUUCUAUCGUUGGCACAAGUAUAUUGAUGAAUUAUUCGACUUAUACAAGCAAACUAUGCAACCGUACAACCCAACUGGCGGUGAACUUCAAUUGGUUUGGGAUGGUGUCCAAGUGCAGAACAUUCAAGUGCAAGCAGAGAGUUCACGCCAAGGGUUGGCCGUUCCCCCGCAAAAUGUGUUGAGGACGUUCCGCAUGCGGAGCCAUGUCGAUUUGUCCAGGGGAUUGGAUUACUUGCGCUGGGGAGAAAAUCUGGGUCCCAUCUUUGCAAGAACGACUCAUUUGAACCACGAUGCUUUCACAUACACCAUUAAUGUGCAAAAUAAUGGAGCGGCUCGAACUGGAACCAUCCGCAUCUAUUUGGCACCGAGGUUUAAUGAACAUGGCGAAAGAUUACCAAUGGUGCAACAACGAUUAUUGUUUUUUGAACUGGAUAAGUUCACAACGCAAUUGAAUCCUGGAGUCAACGCGAUCACACGACGGUCCACCCAAUCGAAUGUGACGAUCCCAUGGGAUCAGAGUUUUCGACAACUUGAACGAUCUGUUCAAGCUCCUUCAGCAGAACAAUCCGCUUGUGGGUGUGGAUGGCCUCAACACAUGUUGAUCCCACGCGGGAAUCCAAGCGGACAAUUGUACGACUUGGUAGUGUUCGUAACGAACGGGGAAGACGACAGGGUUGUGAACCCACAGCCAGCAAAUAACCGAGGAAGAGAUAAUUGCCGACAAGCCAUGGCUUAUUGUGGAAUUUUGGAUCAACUUUACCCUGACAGGAAACCAAUGGGGUAUCCUUUUGAUAGGAACCCUUACACGGUGCCUAGUCCAAGCAAUCCAAAUGGAGCGCAAAUCCCGGUACCAAAUUUGGAUGAGUAUAUUUCAAGAAUUCCAAAUAUGCGAACGAUUCAGGUUCGCAUUGUUUACGACGCUGAACGAAUAGACAUUCGAGGUGAUGACGGCGUUCCUACAGGAAUGCGAGUAAUUUCUGGGGAUCCAUUGACUCCAGUUCGGCCUGGUGCAUGUGGUAAUGGUGGGGCUCGUGGUUCCAGCCCCCUGCAUCAUCGCCAUCGUUGCCUGCAUCUCCUCCCAGUCCCACUCUACCAAGACCUUCUGGGCAGGAGACCAAUAACGCUUCACGUGGUCAAACCAGCAGCAGGCCUGGAAUUCCUCCAAAUCGUGGACCUAAAGUGACUAGUAGUGUUGUAUCCAGUGGGAGUCGACCAUCAAGUCCUAAUAGUUGGUGGGGAAGCAGGGAAAGUUCACCAUCAUCGCCAAGAGUGAACAAUGGGGGAUGGGGGUGGGGUGGAUUUCGGGGGUAGUUUACCUACUCUCAUAUCACAACCCUGCGAUAUUCGUCCACGAACGACCAUAAAGAAAACGAUAAUAUUAUUCCAGAUUCUGCUUAUUCUGAUGUCUGUAAAUAUAUUUAGCUUAUUGAGUUUAGUUCAUUAUGUAUUGGAUAUAAACUGGUGUAGGCUAGACUGAACUAACUCACUCCUUUAUGUGCCUUCUUCUGAUAAUGAUUCUGCACAUUGAAGUACUUAUGCACUAUUACAUUGUUUUUUUCCGCAAGGUAAAUAUGUACUUGGUUUUCCUAAAUUUCCAACUACGCUUCUGCAUGUUGAGUUAUUUGCUGGUAGAUAUUUAGCAAUUACUUGAAUCCAUUAACAUUUGCUAAUUUAUGCUAAUCUUAUCCUCUCUUCAGUUCAAGCUCAACUUUUCAACUGUGAAUAAAUAUUGUCAAAAAUGUUCUUACACGAUUCAUGAGUGAGUUCAUCAUCAUCAUCGUUUAUGAUAUCGUCGAAUAUUACUUUGCUUUCUGAAGAGCUGACCUGGCUAAUUGAAAGCUUUACAAAAGUUUUUACUACCACACUUGUGGAAUACUGCGAAAGUUUAUGGAUGCAAAAUUGCGAAUUUCCCUGUUGAUGGUCCAGGAUGCAUCUCAGCCGACCAAUUAGCAUGAUUAUUGGUCCCACUGAUCAGUAAAAAGUUGAUCGGUUAGGUGCUAAAUUUUAUAAUUAGCAAAGGGUGACCUUCAUCAUUGAGUGUUUAAACGGUGAUGAUGCAGUCACGUCCUGAACUCGUAGUUACGACGAUGAGAGAGACCACCAGUUUGUAGACGCUGAUUUCCGGAGGUGGAUGAUUAAGUUACAGACCAGAGCACACUUUUGUCUGAAUAUAAUUGAAAGUAAAGUAUAGUGAAGUUUUUUUUCUACAUUUAACUUAACGAAUAUAACAUUAUGAAGUUUCCGGUUUUUAGUUGUAUGCUUCUUCUUCCAUUGAUGGUGACUGGGAAAAAAGAAUCGGCUACAACAGAAAAUUGGGAAAACGACGAAUCUUACACAUUACACAGGGAAGAUUCUACACAUCUACCACGUAAUUAUGGUAGUCCGGAAAAAGUCAGCCUUGCUGGCCCUUAUGAUAAAUCCACAACAGAAGACCCAAUCCUGCCUCUAAUUUUAAGGAAACUAAUUGAAGACGGGCUGAACAAUGAGCUUGAUGAUGAGGGCAACAAGAAGAAAACCACUGAAAAAACAACUGGUUCCAAAACUCCUUCUUUUCCUUUGGCGUAUAUGACACCUCCAGCAGUACUUAUUUCUCCUUCUUCAAAAUCUGCAAUGUCUUCCGAGGAAGAUGAUGAAAUAAUUAGCACAACGAUUGGGCAAGAUUCGUCUGGAGAGAUCACGACAACAGAUUCCUCAGAAAUUGAUGAUUUCGAUACUACCACGCCACUACCACUUCCAGCAAUGAAAUUUGUUGUGAACAGCAAUAAUAAUAACCAAUGGGGACAAGAUGACGACACAAUGAAAAAUAAUAUGAAUCCUGAGCAAUAUGCCCCAAAGUUUCAGAAAUAUUACGUUCCUAAGAUAUCCCCCUCAACAGAGACAAUCCAGGAAAUAGCCGCCACGCCGGAGAGUGAAGCAGAAGAUGCGUCCCCUCAAAGCCAAACCCAGCCAGAAGAGCCUGACAGUGACCGCUUGUCUGGACGGGAAGACGAGGAUCUGGAUCAAUCCAGUACUACUGUCACUCCAGAGAAUCAGGAUGAACAAGGACAAAAUAUGACCCCUCCUCCUCCCAUGACGGAAUCAGACCGACGACCCGUCUAUUACUUUUUCUUGAGACCAAAAUCUAGAAAUCCUAUGUUCCCCUCUGAUAUGUCGAACGACAAUAAUGACAUGGUCCCAACCCCACCCAGAUCAUUCAACGAGGACAUGCCGUAUCGUUUUUACCCCCAACAACAGCAAGGAAUGAUGAUGAACUAUCCUACCAGAGUCUACAAAUUCCCUUCAUUUAUUGCUCAAGAUUAUGAGAGUCAGCAGCAGACGGUCCCAUCAUCUUAUAACAGUUUGUCCCCUCCCUAUUACAACAAUUACAAUAGCUAUCCUUCACCCAUGGGGUCCAGUUCGUACCCUCAAUAUUAUUAUUUCCAGCAACGGUCCCAGCCCAUGAACCCUUACGUUUACCCACAAAGGGGUAACCCGUACAUGAGUCGGCAAAGUCCAAUGUUCUCCCCAAUCCCAUACAAUGAUAUUUCAAGGAUAGACCAGUUCAAUAAUAAUGCUGGGGACAACUAUUACUAUCGUGGUGGUCCAAGCUCCUAUUACGCAUCUUCAGACCUCGCGCCCAGAUCUUACAACAAUUACAGAGUUCCUUCGUUCUACCCAUCAUACAACAACGCGGCCGUGGAGUCUUCUAAUUAUGCGCCCAGCUAUAACAACUUAUACCCCAGGCCUAUGGGCUUCAAUAAUGGUAUGGCACCGAGAUAUUACGGAAUCAAUAAUUAGUCUCUCGAAAGUGUUGUCGCACCUGAUAAUGCAACUACUUAAAAAUAUAGCAACUCUAAUAAAUUAUCUCUCGGCUAACUACCCCGCAACCCUAAAUUGUAAUGUUAAUCUUGCUAUAAUGAAGUUACGUUUAAGACGAUGACUGGUUUCAACAACAAUUCACUUUAUGUAAGCUGUCAAUAAAAUGUUGUUAAAUAUUCAUGAAAAUGGA